AUGGAUAUUGAUGAUUUAUUGGAGCAAAUAGAUCUUAAUAAUGAUAUUAAGCCAUAGAGUACAAGAGAAAGAAACAGGAGAUCUUUUAUGGAUCCACCGUAAUAGAAUUUUUAUUAAAUGAAGGAAAUUGGAGACACAAAAAAUAGCUAAUGAUCCCUAUGAAUUUGAUAGUAUUCUGAAAUCUCAAGAUUCUCCUGUUGAUAGACAAACUUCCUUUGUACCAAGACAAAGACCAUAAACUGCUGUUAUAGAUGAAUCAAAAAAACAAAAAAUGGCUGAUCUUUUCUAACUACCAAAAACUACUGUUAAUAAGGAUUUACCUCCACCUCCUCCAUAAAUUGAAGAUACAAGUAAUAACAUGGAAAUUUCAAUGGGAUAGAGUAGAAGAUAAAAAAUGAGAAUGUUAUCCUAAAAUAAGGGUCAACCUUAGAAAAGUGAUAUUAAUUCAAGUUAAGAUCCUAUUGCAAAUAAUACAUAAUAAAUAGAAGUAGAAAAACAAUCAGUUUAGUCUGAUUAUUCAAUGAAAUAAAGCAAAUAACCAGAAAUACAAAUAACUGCACCAAUAAAUCUGAAUGUUCAAAAAUUUCAAGAUGAAAUAAAAUAAUUGAAAUUAGAAAAAGAUAAAUUAUAAGAUGAUUUAUAGGCUAUAAAGAAUGAUAAACAGAAACUUUAAGAUGAAUUAGAAAUAGAAAAAAGGGAGAGAUAAAGAGUAAUUAAUGAAAAAUUAGAAGUUGAAAGAAAUUUCAUAAAAGAAAGAGAAUAAUUAAAAAAUGAUUAUGAAAGAGAGAAAUAAAGAGCUGUUGAUGCUGUAAAAUUGGAAGUAAUUAUAUUAAAAUAAUAAAUAAUUAGAAUGAAAUUAUGAGAUAAUAAUUAGGUGAAUAGAAAUAAUUGGAUCAUCUUGCAGAUAAAAUUAAAGAUAGUGCUAAAGAAUUGGAAACUCUCAAAAAUUAAUUAUAUUAAAAAAAUGAAUAAUAAACUUAAGAGAAGUUGAGAUAAUUAGAAAAGAAAUAAAAUGAAAUUAAUGAUAAAGAAACUUAUAUAGAAAAAGAGAAAUCAUAUAUUGAAAAUGAAAAGAGAAGACUUUAAAAUAUUUAAGAUGAUAUUAGUAGAAGAGAGUAAUUGUUUCUUGCAUCAAUGGAAGGAGAUAAGAGAUCAUUAUAGAGUGAGAAAUAACUAUUAUAAGAUAUCAAGGAAUCAUUAAGAACAUUAGAAAUAGAAACUAAAAAACGAUUAGAGUAAGAGAACAUGUUUAUACAAAGAUAAAAGUAAAUAUUGAUUAUUAUUGUAUAGAAAUGAAAUUGAGUUGUUAAAAAAUGAAAUGAAUUCAUAAGCUUAAAGUAAAAUAAGAUAGUUGGAUUUAGAAAGAUAAUUAUUUGAAUAGUAAAAGAGUGAAUAUCAUGAAUUUACUUAGAAAAAUAAUUAGAUUAUUUAAUAAAAAUAUUCAGAUAUUGAAAAAUAAUAAUAAAAAAAUGGAGCUAAAGAAAUGCAACUUAUAGCAUUAUAAAGAGAUUUAGAUAUGAAAAGUAAUUAAGUUACUAGUUUACAUUCUGAAUAUUCUAGAAAAUUAGGUUUAAUUGAAGGGGAAAGAUAAUAAUUAUUAUAAAAAUUAAAAGAAAUUAAUGAAAAAGAGUAACUUUAUCAUAAAGAAAUUAAUAAUGUAUAAGAAUUUAGAAAUAUAUAUUAAUAAGAAAAGGAGACAAUUUAAAGACAAAAACUUGAAUUACAUUAAUAAGUGGCAUAAAAUUAAUAAGAAAAAAUUUAAAUUGAAUAAGAGAAAAAUUAAUUAACUUAAAUGCAUAAGACUUUAUCUCAUUUAAGAUCUGAAAUAGCAUAAAAUAAUACAUAAGGAUUCUCUUAAACAACAGCAAUACCUGCUAAGCCUGUAUAAAAAAAUAAAGUGGAUAAACCUAAGUCAGCAUAAAAAAUCCCAAUUCACAACAAUUCUUCUGCUAAUCAAACAGCAUCAAAUUUUGAUGUAGGAAGUUAUAUGAAAUACUUGAAGAAUGUUGAUUAUUUACAUUGA